AUGGAUGAUCCACCAUUUCUCCUGCUUUUCUUAAAGCUUACCAAUUAUUAUGCAAUGCUCGAUCGAAGGCAGAAGUUAUCACGAAGUGGGCAUGAAAAUUUUCGAUUCAUCGAAUUUGACUUCGAUCCUCAAUCUGCAAUCCUUCCUUCUUCAGCCAAAAUGCGUCGUCGAUUCAACAAAUCAGCAGCAGCAGUUCGAGCUCGGAUGGCCCAGAAAUGCAAAGACGAGCGUCGUUUCGGUCGCGUUCUUCCCUCUGGCACAAUUGCAACAAACUCCGAUCGAUCACACCUAAGUUCUUCCUCCGCUACCGGCGCUGCUUCCUCCUCCUCCACCACAAUCACUUCUUCCACUUCCAUCACCACAUCUGGUAACAACUCCAGACAGUCCACACUGAAUCGUCGUCGGAGUGCCGCUUAUGCUGCUGCAAGCGCACCGCUAGCAAAGAAUCCGCGACUUUCGCUAGCUCCGCAGCCUCCGCCACCACCACCACUGCCACUGCCGUCAGUAGCACCGACACAACUAGUUGCAACACCACCCAUGCUCACAUCCCUUCCUUCAGAAGCGUACGUGCCGCCUUCAGCAGUCAAUUCUGCUCCAGCAACAGCUUCUGUCGUUCACGAUCCACCUGUUAUUCUAGCCUCAGCGCCUGAGAUGGCAAGCUGA